AUGAAGAUAAAGAGAAAAGAAAAUGUAAACAAUAAGUCACUUGAAUUCUCUAACUCACCAAAAUCACCAAGAGAAGUAGAAAUCGUAUUUUUACCAAUAUUACCAGCGGCUGUAGUACGUCGUCUAUGUUGGUUAUUCGAAGAAGCACAUGUACGUAGCCAUAGUAGUGGUAAUGAACGAUAUUUAGCCAAACGAUGUUCCAAUGGAGAUGAACGAGAAGAAUUAUUGUUUGUCGUAGAAGUAGUAAUUGGUGUCACUGUAGCAAAUGAUGGUGAUGGCUCAAGUGAAGCUAAACGAUGGCUCCAACUCAUUGCUUAA